AUGGAAGAGCUGAACACGGUGUUGCAUCGCUUCAAGCACAACAUAGUCGAGGCGUCCCGGCAGCUGUCGAGGGAAACCAUCGCCUUCUGCAUGACUCAGGUCGUCCUGCCCGUGCUGGAGAAGGUCGGCGAGCUGGAUAUUCGCUUCAAAUGCAGUUCACCUCUGCCGAACGAGGCAUACUUCCAGGGCAUGAAAUCGACGAGUGUCAACGAGUUCGAGCUCACCGUGAUCCUAACUCACCUCCUCUCGGCCAAAGCCUUCGACGACCUCGGCUACCAAAACAGUGCGUUUUCGUGCUACGGUCAUGUACUGCCGCACCAGGCGCCGCACCCCCUGGGGGAUGUUAUCCUGGACUCGGGCACGUCCCAAGGGCUAGUGUCCGCUCUUAGAAUCCGGCAAAUUUUUUCCCAAUUGGUCAGUCAAGCCGCGUCGAGUCUACCUGUGAUAGGGAUUAUUGUAGAGGUCGCCUAUAAAGGUAGGACUUAACGUUGUAAAAAUUCUUUCCUUAAUCUGGUUAGGCU